AUGAAGUCAUCGAAUGGCCUCUUCUGUUCUCUCAACGUUUCCUCCUGCUUGAUAAAGCCAUCUUCCGCUUCUUCUGGGCUUUCGACAAGAUUGCCCACAAUAACCUCUGCACUCAAAAUGUUCGGAAUGAACUCGAAAAUUUCUACGGCCUCAACAACGGCAUUAAAAUCAAGUUGUUCUAAAAGUGUAUUAACGUUUUCGGAGUCAAGGAGAAUGAAUUCUGAUAGAAAGGGAUAUAGUCGAGAGAAUGUAUUUUCAUCUUCAUUAUCCGAAUCAAUGAUUGAUAAUACGAUAAUACCUUCGAACCAAAAGGCUCACCCAUGUAAAAACAUCAGCCAAAAUCAACUUUGUCUUGAGCAAUUUAAAAUACAAUCUGAGCCCGUGAAACGAACAUUCCGAAGACACACUGCCUUUGGAAAUAAUAAGAUGGAAGACAAAUCAACAGCAAAAUGGGAUAGCACGAUGGAAACCAUUGAUGCUGGUGUCAAGAUCGCAGAAUCGUCUAAAGAAAAUGCACCAAGUUUUGCUCCUGUUUCUUUGAAUUCGGCAAGCAUUUCACAUAAAUGGAAUGUCGUUGAAUUUGACGAUCAAGGAAAUGUGAGAAUGUCACAAAUUAAACGAAGUGAACUAUAUACGAAAUAUGGCUUACAAGGAAGAGAUAUAAGAACAUUAGUGAGCAACAUGAACUUUCCGACCAUUCUCGCUCGUGCCAAUUGUAUAAUAGUUUCUAUUAGCAAUAUAAGUGCAAUAAUUACUCACGAAAGGCUCUAUCUACUGAAGAGCGAUUAUACAAAUAAUUUAGACCCAACCUUCAUCAGAUUUGUUCAACAAUUUUUAAUUUAUUAUGCCAAGUCUAAGGAAGUGAACAAGUAUAGCUUUGAUGAGACACCCUAUGGUUUUUUCGAACAGUCAUAUGCUCUACCGUUUGAAUUUAGAGUUUUAGAAUGUAUUUUGCAUAAAGUGUGUGCCACAAUUGAAAAAGACAGAAACGACGUACAGGAACGAGUAAGUCAAAUUUUGGCUGCUCCUGACUACACAAGCGAAGAAGUACUCUAUCAAAUUUUGCAAUGCAAGCAAAAAUUGACACGAUUCAAAACGUUUGUCACAGAAUUACACGAAACGAUCGAAAAUAUAUUGGAUGCUGAUGAUGACAUGGCAAGAAUGUAUCUUACAGAAAAAAUUGUGUUUCAAAAGCCAAGAGAGGUUUCUCAACAUGAAGAAAUUGAAAUGUUGUUAGAAACAUAUCAAAACAGAGUAGAAAAUGUAAUUAAUUCUAUCGACGACAUGAGAGAAGAUCUUGAUGAUACACAGGAGUUUCUUGAAGUAUGUUUGGAUAGCAUUCGUAACAGAAUGAUGGAAAUGGAAUUGAAAUUAGCAAUAGGUGCUUUUGCUCUCACAUUUGGAACUCUACUCGUUGGUGCAUUUGGUAUGAACUUAAUGUCUCAUCUGGAAGAUCAUCCAUUCGCAUUUUACUAUACGUCAGGUAUGGUUGCUGUUGCAACAGUUAGUCUUUUUGUCAUUACCUUCUUGCUUUGUAAAAGAAGAGGAAUUUUCAAGAGCACCUAUGUAACAGAAAAGAGAAAGGAACUUCGUCAAGUCAUUACAUCAAAGUUUGGCAAUAAUUGUGGUGACAUGUAG